AUGUCUGCCCCAGCUGCUAAUGCUCAAGGUGAGGUUCCAACUUUUAAACUAGUUCUUGUUGGUGAUGGUGGUACUGGUAAAACCACAUUUGUUAAGAGACAUUUGACCGGUGAAUUUGAAAAGAAAUAUAUUGCUACAAUUGGUGUUGAAGUCCACCCAUUGUCUUUCUACACCAACUUUGGUGAAAUUAAGUUCGAUGUUUGGGAUACCGCUGGUCAAGAAAAAUUUGGUGGUCUAAGAGACGGCUACUAUAUCAACGCACAAUGUGGUAUCAUCAUGUUCGAUGUUACUUCAAGGAUCACUUAUAAGAACGUUCCAAACUGGCACAGAGAUUUGGUCCGUGUUUGUGAGAAUAUUCCAAUCGUUCUAUGUGGUAACAAAGUUGAUGUCAAAGAGAGAAAAGUCAAGGCAAAGACAAUCACUUUCCACAGAAAGAAGAAUUUGCAAUACUACGAUAUCUCCGCCAAAUCCAAUUACAACUUUGAAAAGCCCUUCUUGUGGUUAGCCAGAAAAUUGGCUGGUAACCCACAAUUGGAAUUCGUCGCUUCCCCAGCUUUGGCUCCACCAGAGGUCCAAGUUGACGAACAAUUGAUGCAACAAUACCAACAAGAAAUGGAACAAGCCACUGCAUUACCAUUGCCAGAUGAGGAUGAUGCUGAUUUAUAA